AUGAAGCUGACUAGAUUGCACUCUCUUUUGAUCUUCCUUUUGCUGGGCUUCCUGUUAGGCUGCUCCUGUGCGAACGUUGUUCGCCAGGAGGGAAACUUCUUGACGGGCUUGCUCAGAAGCGGCGUCUAUGGCGAGUUCGCAAGCAGCCCAAAUGAUAGCAUCUUAUUCCAACAACUAGCAGCCUCAAACAUCACGACCUGGCCUCCACAGAGGAAGCUGCUCUCAGUCGGUAGAUAUGGCAGCUCAACGGCCCUGUUCUGGGGAGGAGACACUCUCGCCCUCCGCCAACCUGCUCUGAUCACGCUGUUACACGAAGAAGACCAGGUGAAAGGGAUCUAUGUGAAUGUGACCUUGGCCAAGGACGAAUGUGGCUUGUGGCAACUCGCGGCCAACAAGUUAGACUCCAAGCUCUACGCCUUCACGCAGGUGCAUCCAGCGACAGGAGGCUUAAAACUGCUGGCCACCUACAAGCAUGACCUUCCUGCCUCUGGCUGCUGGGGCAUCAACGGCCGUGUGGCCAUCAAUCCGUACACACAGGAGAUGCUUCUCAUGGCAAGUGCUAACAGCAAUCUGUGGGAGACCUGGCGAAUCUCUCUUCGUGCCCCUGGCACACCUUUCUAUAAUCAAAAGAUCGAGCAAAGCAUGAUUGCUCCUGUGCUUUCCCGUGAUCUGAAAACCAUUUACACCGUUGGGCAAGUGAACUCGACACUGGUCUUCCAAGCGAUCGAUGCCACCAAGGGAGUGGUGAUCCAACGCAAGCACAUCCCAGUCUUUUGGACUGUACAGAGGAACGUGGCUGCGCUCGACGAGGAGAGUGGCAUCUACGUGGUUAGCGCCAAGUUCGGUGGCCCUCCCCACCUGCUGUUCUUCGACGUCAAUACGAUGGAUCUUCAGGCCUCUCCCUUCGGUAGUUACAGAAGCUAUGAUUAUGUGUGGGACCUGUUGUUCGUCCCUGUGAACUGA